UCGAGUGAACAAUGGAGCAGGCGAUGAAGGUGAUGAUCAAGCUUCGAAGCUCUGACGGAAUGGAGUAUGAAGUGGAGGAGCACACGGCGGAGCAGUCAGCGUUCAUCCGGGGAUUAAUGAUGUUCUCCGAUGCCAGAGAGAAUGGGGUCACGAUUUCUGAUGUCAAGGGCUCCAUUCUCGCCAAGGUAAUGGACUACUGUAAGAAGCAUGCUGAAACCGCCGACCAUGUUGAGCUCGACUGCUGGGAUGCUGAGUUCGUUAAUGUGGAGAACCACAUUCUCUACGAUUUUAUCAUGGCUGCUCUCGCUCUCACUAUCAAUAGUCUCCUGCGCCUUUGCUGCAAAAAGGUUGCACAAUUGAUCAAGGGGCUCACUGCUGAUGAAAUCCGGGAAAUUUUCAACAUCCAGAAUGACUUCACCCCAGAAGAAGCGGAAGCAGUAAGGAGGGAGAACCUGUGGGAGUUUUAAAGAAGAUGGCAGUCGGCAUUCGUUAACAAAAGAAAAUUAGUUUCCUCAUUUCAUAUUGUUCUGCAAGUGUUUGUGCUCAAACAAUGGUUUGACUGAUACGAACAUUUAAUCUGUCUCGUGAUACACUGAUAUGAACUCAAGACUUCAUUUCCCAUUGGCAUCAAAUAG